UUUUUUUCUCUCGUUAUUUUUCAAAUCUUAAUUCAAUAAAAAUUCCGCAUGAUAAUUAUUGGACUUUCUCGAAUCAAUCCCACGGGCGGUAAGGUUGGCCUUUCCGCUACAUGUUUUCAGCAUCGUUGAUCAUCGAGUCUUUUUAUGGAAUGAUAAGUGGAGCCUAAAUUUGUUGUCAAUACGUUUUUAGUAAAUGUCUUAAAGGACCUCGCUUUUUUUUACCCUGGGCAUUUCAGCACUCAGAGCUCCAUAUUUCAUGGGUACCCUACCAAAAAAGCAAGGCAUAAAAUCUGAUGGGCGGACGCUUAUGGACGAAGGUACGGACUACUACUCAGUAACGGCAUUCAAAAAGAUGAAUGCAUUUCGCAAGGAGGGGCAGCUCUGUGAUGUAGUUAUCAAAGCAGAGGGAAGAGAAUUUUUAGCUCACCGUGUAGUUUUGGCAGCUUCUAGCGACUAUUUUGACGCCAUGUUUUCAAGUGGGAUGGCUGAAUCAGCGCAGUUGGAAGUUGAACUCAAGUCCAUCACUCCUGAAAUAAUGGAUACCCUUCUAGAUUAUGUGUACACUGGUCAAGUUCGUGUAAGCAUGGCUAAUGUCCAAGACCUUCUUCCAGCAGCAAGUCUUGUUCAGAUGGAGGGUGUUAAAGUUGCUUGCUCUAAUUUUCUCUUGACGGAAGUAGAUUCCACGAAUGUUCUUGGCAUCAGGCGAUUUGCUGAACUGCAUAACUGUGUAGAAUUAGAAAAGUUUACACGAAACUUUGCAGCCUGUAAUUUUGAGUCAGUUGUUGACUCUGAGGAAUUCGUAUGCCUCACACCUGAGGAAUUGCUUGAUCUUAUUACAAGAGAAGAUUUACACAUUGACAAUGAAGAAUCUGUAUAUAACGCUGUUAUGCGCUGGGUAUAUCAUCAACCCAUUGAAAGGGUCGCGAAUCUUCCUUCUUUGCUUCGAAACAUUCGUCUUUCAGUUAUGUCAGUUCGAUUCCUCACAGAUGUUGUGGAUAAAGAUCGUCUUAUUCGACAAUCUCUCGAGUGUCGGGAUUUGGUAGAUGAUGCUAAACGAUUUCAUUUACGUCCAGAUUUACGCCAUGAAAUGCGUGAUCGAAGAUUUCGUCAGCGUGACGGUGGCAAUGAGUACUUAGUUGUUAUUGGUGGUUUCGGUUCUGAUCAGGACCCCUCGGAUUCCGUUGAAAUGUUCAACCCACGAACCUUAGAAUGGAACGAGUUACCUGAUUUACCGAUAAGUUACCGCUAUGUAGCAGCAUGUUCAUUGGGUACAUGUGUCUACGUCAUUGGUGGUUUUGAUGGAAAUGAAAGACUAAAUACCGUAUACUCCCUUGAUAUCGCUCAGAGAGAAGAAGGUUGGCGUUUACUUACUCCAAUGCACUAUAAAAGAGGUCUAUCUGCUGCUUGUACAAACAAAGGUCUAAUCUAUGUCUGUGGUGGUUUCGAUGGUCAGUCGCGUCUUCGGUCCUUUGAAGUUUAUCAUCCAAAAAUUGACGAGUGGAGAAUUUUGGAAGAAAUGACUACAGCAAGAGAAGGAGCAGGUCUUGUUGUUGUAGAUGAUACACUUUACUGUUUGGGAGGUUAUGAUGGAUUCCACCUACUGAACAGCAUGGAAGCCUUUGAUCUUCAUUGUGGUACGUGGUCUGUGUGCAAACCAAUGUACAUGCGUCGGUCGGGAGCUGGUUGUGCUUUGUUGGGGGAUACUAUUUAUGUAUGCGGUGGUUAUGGUGGCGCUGAAGGCCGCGGUCCUUCACAUUUGGAUACUGUAGAAGCUUAUAAUACAUGGUUGGCUCAGUGGACUUUGGUUACAAGUAUGAAUGUCCCUCGUUGUUACGUUGGUGCUUGCCCAUUAGCUGGCAAGAUUUAUGUUGCUGCUGGAUAUAAUGGUAAUAGUCUACUGGAUACUGUAGAGUCGUACGAUCCAAUCGAAAAUACGUGGUGGCUACACGAAGAAAGUAGAAUGAAUCAUGAGCGAUGUGACACUGGUAUGUGUGUUGUACGAUUCCCAACGUGUUCUAUCAGUCAAGAUACUCUUACGCCAAUUCUAACAUCAAGAAACGUAAUGAACUCCACUAAUAUUCAUUCAUCUCCAUCAGCUGUUUCAUCUGCUUCGGUUAAUUUUCAUUCAGCAAUCAAUCAGUCAUCCACUUGGCAGCUAAACGACUUUAACACAAAUCGAACUAAUAAUGUACGCAUAAACACACAGAUUUCUGUUGGUCACGCUAAUCCAUCAUCAUUUCAGGGUAGUCCAUCAUCAUCCACUCGAAAUGUUCUGUCUUCGUCAGUCAGUGAACCCUUUCGUACUGGUUCACAAUUUGGUUGUCCAUCCGCAAGUAUGAAUGCAUGUAAUGUUAAUUCUCAAUCUCCUGGAAAUUCUCACCUGUCUUCCACUCAUCGUAGAUCUAAUCGUCAAGUUCGUAGUCAUUCUUCACGACAGAAUAGUUUGUCAAAUACUGCUUCUGUUAAUGGGAGAGAAUUAAGAAACUCUAGACCACCAAGGCAUUUACUUUCGUUGACUGCAUCCAGUUUAUAUCCUGGUAAUAUAAAUGUUUGGAAUCCCAAAAGUAUGCGUUUACCAUAUGUUGCACAAGGAAUGCACAACCCCAGAAAUAAUAGAUCACUUCUUCCAUCCUUGUUAUGCAACCCACAUAAUAUUUUACACUGUAACACUACACCCAUAUCUCACUUAACUCAACAGGUCGAGAAUCCAUUAUUAAAUCAUAAUGAAACUCUUAGCCAUACUUUAGAUAAUAUACCUUCUUCCUCUGAUGAAUCUUAUAUCAUCCAAAAUAAUGAAUCUACUGUCAAUUCUGCAUUCAGUAUGAUGCAACAAACGGACCAACUACUAGACAACUGCGGAAACGUUGACAUAAACGAGUUAGCCUCUAAUCUUAAUGCUUCUCAUUUUGAUGCAUCAACUGUUACUGGGUCUCACUUACCAGCAUCUCAGAGAAGCAGUUGCAGUAGUCCUACUUUGGUAUCUGAUAUACAUCAUUCUGCUCCUGAAUAUGGCUCUUCUGCAUCAUGUAAGCAUGAUUUGUUUAGAUCCGUUGAUGCAAUUAACCGUCUUGAUUCAGAUAACGUUUUCUGGUCAAUAUCCAAUAUAUCGACAUUUUCCGUCAUAGAAAACCCUACUGCUAGUACUUUUCCAAAGGCCACCACUUUUAAUGAGGACUCAUCUAAUAACGUAGUUAUUGGGACGCAAGCUGAUAAUAUUUCUGGGAAUGUUAAUUUAGAUAAUAUUCCUAGUAGAAACUAUGUUAGUUUGGUGAGCGAUUCACCUGAUGAACAAGAUCAUACUAAUGCGUUUGGUGAUGUUAGUCGAGAGCAUGGUGAUUUGGUCAAGUGUACUGAUCGUUCAAGUUACAAAACGCGCACUUUUAUGAACACUUUGAUAAAUAAACCAAGAGAACUUCAAUCAAAUCCAUGUGUUUUAUCUUCAAAUGAUUCUUCUGAAUUACCUUGUGAACAACCAUGUGAUAUCACUUUAGCAUCCAGUUAUUCGUGUAAUUCUUCAGUCUCCAUACCAAUUGCUAAAGUUAAGCCAUGUUCUUCAACAGUCGUGGAAAAUUCAUGUACAACAACUUUAAAUGCACUACCUCCUCCCAUACGAAACACAUCUUCCACUCAACAAGUAAAUGACCCAUCAAUCUGCCGUAACAAGCCAACAUUUGACCAACUAUGUCAGCGAUAUAAGCCUGUAAUGCCCCAUUCGUUUAAAACUGAUCCAAUAUGGCCCUUUAGAUAUAAUACUGAAUCGUGUCAGACUCAUGGUGCUCAAGAAGAUAGAAUAAUUACUUCGGCGAAUGAUCAGAAGGCCUCAUCUUCAUUAUGUGAAGUUAAUGACCAGAGAGUAAUCACCAUAGGGGAAACCUCUUUUGUUUUUGGUGUCAGCGAAUCAUCUCACGCGUAUUCUGAAUCAGAUGAUCUGCUAAUCAGAAACCAAUCAGAUAAUCCUAAUCAGACUGGUGUUUCUGUGAAGCCAGAUGUUACGUGCACUACAUCAGUCGUUGAGUCCAUACACUCAACAGGUGCUCAUGGAUGUAGUUCGUCAAAUUCUGAUGAUGCACUUGUAAACCAACCGCAUAGUCUAAUAGAUAAUCCAUCUAAUUGUGAGCCUGAUAUAACGUUAUGUACAGUGGUUUGCAAUCCAGGUAACGUGGAUGACAGUCCAGAACCACAACCGGAUACAAGAUCAGAUGGUGAAGGAGAAGAAGGAGACGACUUAGAUGUUGUCCUGAGGAAUCCUGCAGUUGGUCAGGUUGACGAUGAUUUAUGAUCUCAUAUCAUAUUUUUUUGUGAAUUAUAUUCAUUUUUAUUAAUUUACUAUUGUCCUACAUGGUGUUUAUUGUAUCUAUCAUUCUUUAUUUGCUUAGUUAUUGUGUUAGUGUGACCGAAUAAUUCUGCAAACGUUUUCAGCCGUCACUUACACAUGAUCAUUUGUCUGUUUUGUUCCAUUUCCCCUUUUGAUUGAUUUUGAUGCAUCUUUGGUACGGUUUGUUCCCAAACUUUAUCUCUUCACAUUUGUAUAUUUUUAGUCAUAACAAGGUGAUACUUGAUUUUCUUUAAAGCUUCCUUGUGUUUAUAUCGUUAGGACUACGGGCGAUCGUGUAGUCUCAGUCUUAAGUGUUGUGUACUGAUUUGUUUGUACGUAGCUGUGGUCACACGAUCUCGUCUGUGUUCAAGAUAUAACACUGAUUGAGUGUUAGUUCUACCAAAAUAUCUACACAAAGAAACUAAUGAUUUUUACAAUAAUCAACACUUUAAGUCAUUGACGUUAUCUCGUAGAACAUAACUAUCAGUCUCCCACUACAUAGUGUAGUGAUUACAGUCCGAAGUUGUCAUUAUGAUAAAACUCCAAAAUAAAUAUCUGCUUCAAUAUU